AUGAUAUGCACUAAUGUUGUCCAAACCUAUGGAAAAAGUGGCACCAGCCGCUUUCGUUUCAUGCCAGUGUUGCCACUAAAACUUGAUCUUGGAGAAUAUCCCUACAAGGUUAUAUUUAGUCUUUUGCAUCUAGCAAGAACAACCAUUUUGUGUUUUAUUUUUAGAAACGUUGAAACCAUGAUCCACUUGUUUAAGGGAAACAUUGGAACUGGUAUUUUAAGUUUACCAUCGGCUAUAAAACACGCUGGUUUAAUCGCUGGACCUGUUAUACUGUUACUAGUUGCAUUCAUGGCAGUUCACUGUAUGCAUCUUCUGGUGCGUUGCUCUCAUUACUUUUGUAAAAAAAUAAAAAGGGAAGCUCUUUCUUAUGGUGAAGUUGCCAACGAAUGUUUCAAACCAGCUUUGGGUUCGAGAUCGAAAUAUGCAAAAACAGUGAUUAAUACAUUCCUAGUAGUGACGCAGUUGGGAUUCUGUUCUAUCUAUUUUGUGUUUGUUGCAUCAACAAUUGUUGAAGUAGCUGGUUUGGAGCACAAACUCGACCAAAGAAUCGUCAUCAUUUGUUUAGCCGUCCCCGUCAUCUUCUUUUCCUACAUACGUAGUCUUGAAAAAUUAGCCUAUUUAUCCGUCGUCGCGAAUAUUUGCUGUGUUUUUGGACUAAUCGUAGUGUAUCAGUUUCUAGCAAGAGAUUUGAAGGAUCCGAAGACGCUUCCGUAUUUCGCUGGCUGGACUGAUUUACCAAUGUUUUUGGGGAUGGCUAUUUUUUCAUUCGAAGGGAUUGGAGUGGUUUUACCGUUAGAGAACGAAAUGAAAAAGCCUGAAGAUUUCGACUGGGUGCUUAAUGUGGGCAUGAGCGUGGUCACUUUUAUGUUUAUAUCGAUGGGUUUGCUUGGUUAUUUAGCUUUUGGUGAUGCAGUUGAAGGCAGUGUGUCGCUAAACCUGCCAGACACAUGGUUGUAUGACUUGGUUAAAAUCGCGUACGCCCUUGCCAUGUUUUUAACAUACUUUCUUCAGUUUUAUGUGCCCAUUCAGAUCAUGUUACCUUCUGUGUUGAAUAAAUAUCAGAAACGACAUGGUUCAUGUUUUGAAUAUUCGUUUCGAACUUUCCUUGUAUUGCUGACAAGUGCUUUGGCGGCCAGCAUACCUCAACUUGAUAAUUUCAUCGCACUUAUCGGAGCAGUUGCAAGUUCUGGUCUAGCGAUUAUCUUUCCUCCCUUGUUUCAUAUCCUGACUUUCCGAAAAAAUGGUCUAACAAUACUCGAGCUUAUAAAAGACAUUUUUAUUAUAUCUGUUGGUGUAAUCGCGUUUGCUGUGGGAGGAUACACAGCUGUUACGAAUAUCGUCAAAGGAUUUGACAGCAGCAAUCCGAAAGGUCUACACAACGCAAGUAUCCAUGAUAACCAUACUAAAUCAUUCAAUCAGAUAUUUCUUCAUUCACUCCAUUAAGCAGGUUCAAAUCGUAAAUCUGAAGAUUUUGGUGUUAUUUUAUUAACCUUUCUGAGACUAAACAAGAUGUGGGUUACUUUGUAAACUCAUAAUUAUAUUCCGUUAUACUUUUUUGUGCACUUGUCCUGCUCUCUCAUGUUCUUGCUAAGUUCCCUGGUGGAAAUAACCGAAAAACCGCUUUAUUAGAUGGAAAUCAGUCUUUUGUGACAUUUUCGGGAUUAUUAGAUGUAGCUACUAGCAAGUGAUGAGGGUGUAAUCUUCAGUGAUGAGGGCGUGAUCUUCAGUGAUGCGGGCGUAAUCUUCAGUGAUGAGGGCGUGUCAAGCAACUCUGCGGACGUAAAGAGUAAAUGAAAAUUCUGUGACAAGCCCUUAGUACGGAAAUAUUUUAAUGACUUAAAAUAUGUUUUAUUGUUAAAAAUAGUUGUUUAUAUUUUAAUAUUAAUUUGAUACUUCUAUAUAACUAAAGGAUUUUUCUACGUUUUAUAGAAUAAAAGAAAAUGCAACGAA